UAUUAGUAUCGAAGGCUUCGUCUACAUGUGGACAAGAGAGAGAACAGCUCCAGAAUAGAGAGAAGAAAGGAGGGAAUCAGAGAAGAGAAAAGUGAGGGAUGGAGUCGCCAUUUAGGUCAGAUAUAUUGAAAGGGAAGGUGGCUGUAAUAACAGGAGGUGGGUCAGGAAUUGGAUUUGAGAUAUCAGCACAGUUUGGAAAACAUGGUGCCUCUGUUUCGAUUAUGGGUCGACGCAAGCAAGUGCUUGACUCUGCAGUCUCCAAUCUCCAGUCCCUUGGAAUUGUCGCUGUUGGCUUUGAGGGGGAUGUUCGCAAGCAGGAAGAUGCUAAAAGAGUUUUAGAAUCAACUUUUAAACGUUUUGGCAGGAUUGACAUUCUUGUGAAUGCUGCAGCUGGCAACUUUCUUGUAUCGCCGGAGGAUUUGUCGCCUAAUGGAUUUCGAACAGUUUUGGAUAUCGAUGCUGUUGGCACCUUCACAAUGUGCCAUGAAGCCCUCAAGUAUCUCAAGAAAGGAGGGCUUGGACGAAGCUCAUCUGGUGGUGGAACAAUUUUAAACAUUAGUGCUACGUUGCACUAUACAGCAUCUUGGUAUCAGAUUCAUGUAUCAGCUGCGAAGGCAGCUGUUGAUGCUAUUGCCAGAAAUCUGGCAUUGGAGUGGGGCACCGACUAUGAUAUUAGGGUGAAUGGGAUUGCUCCAGGCCCCAUUGAUGAUACCCCUGGCAUGAGUAAACUUGUGCCCAAGGAGAUUAAUAGCAAAGCAAAAGAAUACAUGCCUCUGUAUAAAUUGGGGAAGAAAUGGGACAUUGCUAUGGCUGCUCUCUACCUUACUUCUGAUGCUGGUAAAUUUGUUAAUGGAACCACUGUAAUUGUUGAUGGAGGACUUUGGCUGAGCCGACCUCGUCAUCUGCCAAAAGAUGCGGUCAAGAAGCUUUCUCGAGCUGUAGAAAAGAGAUCCAGAGAAGCACCAGUUGGGGUUCCAUCGAGCAAGCUUUAAUUCAGCAAAAAAUAAAAAAUUUCUGUGAAAUAAAAAAUGACGAAUCAGCACAAUAAUCAAAUACAUCCAAUGGGAGAGCUUAUUUUUAUUGGAACAUAAAUUAUUUUGUGGCUACGUAUGUGUGUUUCCAUUGGACUACAUGCUUGCAGAUCAUUAUAUGAUCGAGGGUUAUGUGAUAUCUUGUCACUUGCUCUAAACUUCUUUUAAUUACUCACUGCAAUCAAGUUGUUAACUUAAUAUUUAGACACCUGCAAUAUAUUUUGAAGAACUUUAGUGCGCAUAAAA